UGACAUUUGAAAUAUUUUAAAGUUCAGUUUUUGAUGAACUUUGAAGCGACUAAAAAAUUUGGCUAUAAUAAAAGAAAAAAAGUUGUUUAAUGCGCACUAAGAUACAUGAAAUGCAUGUUGAAACUCUUUUAAGAUUUUGUCUUUUUAUUGCAACACUUGAUAAAACACUUUCUUCGGAAUGCACAAGUAAUGUUUUUUGCCGAAUAGAAUCUAUAAUGUUCCCUGAAAUACAUCAACGCAGUUAUUUUAGUGCAAAACGUUUUAACUCAACUUUUUUAAACGUUAUCUCGUUUGAAAAAUCCAUGGUAAAUAAUGAAUACCAUUGUAUGAAAAAAUGCAUUUCAUCAAAGCAAUGUCUUUCUAUGAACCUUAUAUCUAACUUGGAAUCAAACAAAAACUUACUGGAAUGUCAACUUUUAAAUCGACAAGCAUACACAGAUAAAUACCUACUUGUGCAGCAGCAAAGCUCAACUCAUCUUACUGCAAUCCACUUAGGUUGUGAGAAAGCUCUCUGCAAGAACAAUGCAACAUGCUUACCAAACUAUGCUAAUGACACCAGUUCAUGUAAAUGUAGUUCAAAAAAGUUUGGAGGUACUUUCUGCGAAAAAGAACAAAAAGUUGUUUCGCUGAAGUAUAACAAAGAAUUCAUAAGAAAUAAAGUUGAUAUAGAAUCAAUGAUGAAAGACUCGUUUUAUCAAAAAGUUUUGCAAAACGCUACGUGCUUGUUUGACUUUAAAGACUCGAUUACCUCUGGAAGUAAUGGUCAUAUAUUUGCCUAUUUUAUUCCCCCGGUCACCGGAAUCUACAAGUUCACGCUAUAUUGUUCGGAUUCUGAAAAUUGUAGGUUAUAUAUUUCGACACAUGGAAAACAAGAUCGGCGGAUACUUAUAAACAAAAGAGAUACAAGUUUUGAAGUAUAUUUGGAACAAGACAUUAAAAAGUUCUUAGAAGUAUUAGCGACUGUUCGCGACUGUGUACUAAACGUCGAGUGCUACACAAACAAUAUUUCGGUGGCAGUUCAUUUGCCAGACGGAACAUUAUCCAAUCCUAUAUCAAACAAAUAUUUGGCUUCUAUAUUUUAAAGCUGAUUUUAUUUGCAAAAGUAUUUAAAACAGUUUAUUUUUAGUUUUAUAGAUUAGUGUAAACUCUUUAUUGUUUUAUGUUUUUAUUUUAAACGGUUGACUUUUUGUAAAAAUC